AUGCUAGCUUCAGACAACCUGAGAGAAGUAGGAGGAGGGGGAGUACUUUUUGACGAGGGGGAAGACGAGGAUGCACCAGAGGUUUUACUCAGCGUCUUGGCUCAGCAUGGGCAGGUGGGUCUUUGUUAUUAUGAUAGCAAAGACUGCACUUUACGCUUCAUGACUGAUGUACCUGACAAUCACGAACUCCACCUGGUGGCUAGAGUUGUCCAGGAAGUGCGUCCAAAUGUACUUAUUACCAGUGCUAAACAAGAGUGCUGCAUGACCCGCUUUUUACAGAAACUAGCUUCAAAUCCGGACUGCAAACCAGAAGUGGUUACGUAUCCCUACAUUGACUUUGGUCUGGAGGUUGGUAAGCAAAGGCUGCUGUCUGCCAAUCUGCCCUUCCUUCCUGCCUCCGCUUCAGAGAAGGACAAAAUGUCCUACCUCUCCUCCUGCAUCUCCUUUGACUCUCCCCUCAUGCUGAGGUCACUGGGCGCUCUGUUAAAAUGCUUGGACAGGAGGCGAGUGGGAGUUGAACUGGAAGACAGCAGUGUUGGAGUUCCUAUCCUCCAGCUUCUCGCCUACACACUCAAAGGGAUUGUCAAGAUUGAUUCUGACACAUACAGCGUUUUGCAGAUCUUUAAAUCAGAACUUCAUCCAUCAGUGUAUAAACUUAAUUCUGGUGAAAAGGAAGGCCUCAGUUUGUAUGGGAUUUUGAAUCGCUGCAGAUGCAAGUUUGGUUCCCGAUUACUUCGUCAGUGGUUUCUGCGUCCAACUCAAGACCUUGCUGUACUGUAUCGAAGACAGGAAGUCAUACAUUUUUUUACAUCACCUCAAAACUCUGAUUGCCUAAGCACGCUCCAAUCUUCACUUCGGAACAUCAGAAACAUCCAAACUCUUCUGCGCAGGAUGUCCCUCUCUCAUACCAAAGUUACUGACUGGCAGAGUCUCUAUAAAACCGUAUACACUGCAGUAUGCAUCAGAGACACUGUUAGGCAUUUGCCUCAGUGCAUCAAACUUUUUCGUGAUAUCUCUGAAGGAUUUUCUGAUGAUCUACAACACGUCGCUUCCCUCAUCAGCCGAGUUGUUAAUUUUGAAGCAAGUGUAGCAGAGAAUCGCUUCACUGUCAAACCAAAUGUAGAUCCACAGAUUGAUGAAAAGAAAAGACUGAUGAUGGGACUCUCAGACUUCUUAACAGAUGUAGCCAGACGAGAACUGGAGCAUCUGGACCCUCGCAUCCCAUCCUGUUGUGUCAUUUAUAUUCCCCUGAUUGGAUUCCUGCUUUCAGUUCCUCGGUUGCCCAGCAUGAUUGAGAAAGAGGACUUUGAAAUAGAAGGACUUGAUUUUAUGUUCUUAUCAGAGGACCGUCUCCACUAUCGCAGCCAGAGAACCAAAGAAUUAGACGACCUCCUGGGAGAUCUGCACUGUGACAUCAGAGACAUGGAGACGGCCAUCAUGACACAUUUGCAGAAUGCUGUCUUAGAAAGAAGUGGAUCCCUCUACAAGGUUUUGGAGCUCUCUGCUGAGCUAGACUGCCUCAUGGCAAUGAGCAGUGCUUCUCAAGAGUAUGGCUAUGUUUCACCCAAGAUAGCUAAUCACAGAAGGAUAGCCAUAACAAAUGGACGACACCCACUGUUGGAGCUGUGUUCUCCGGUGUUUGUGGCCAACUCUUUUCACAGCACUGACUUUAACGGCAGAGUCAAGAUCAUCACUGGCCCCAAUUCAUCUGGGAAAAGCAUCUAUCUCAAACAGGUUGGUCUGAUUGUUUUUAUGGCUCUUAUCGGCUCAAAUGUGCCAGCUAAAGAAGCAGAGAUCGGGUUGGUGGAUGGGAUCUUCAGUCGGAUGCAGAGCAGAGAGUCUGUGUCCGUGGGCCUCAGCACCUUCAUGAUAGACCUCAACCAGAUGGCUCUGGCUCUGAACAGCAGCACUGGCAACUCACUUGUGCUCAUUGAUGAGUUUGGCAAAGGGACUAACACUGUGGAUGGGCUGUCCUUGCUGGCUGCUUCGAUCUCCUUUUGGCUAAAAAAGGCCCCAGUGGAUGUUCCUCAUCUGCUUUUGGCCACUAACUUCCACAGUCUGCUGCAGCUGGGUCUUCUGCCUUUCUCUGAGAUGCUCUCUCUGCUGACUCUGGAGACUGCGCUGGACGGGGAUGAGUUAGUAUUUCUCUACCAACUGAAAGAGGGGAUCUGCAGGUCCAGUUACGCUGCCAACAUAGCCACAUUAGCGGGGCUGCCAACAAACCUGGUUCAGAGGGGAGUGGAGGUUUCCGAACUGUACCGGACAGGCAGGACUAUCAAAUGUGUUGACAAGGCCUCAUGUGACGAGAAGGCAAACAGGUGUAAGAAUAUAGUGGACAUGUUCCUCAAACUGGACCUGGAUGACAAAAGUCUAGAUGUCCAGCGAUUCUUGAAAGAGGAACUCCUGCCCUCUGCUGGUGAACUGCUGAACAGAUGA